GGUUGGUUCGUGGAUUCGUUGCUGGUUGUGAGAUCAAUGUAUUAUAUACCGAAGCAUCAACCUGCGUGUCAAAUAUUCGGCAAUCAACCAGCGAAAUCUGAUAUUAUUAGUGAUACAAACGAUAAAGAUGUUGAGAAACGACUGCAUAUGCUCGGAAUUCGAAAUUCUGUCAUCAAUACAUUGCCAACAAUUUACGAAAAUGGUAUCUUGUUGUGGUGGACAGGAUAUUUUCUGCAAAUAAUUCAUCUGACGAGACGUCUUCUGCCGAAGAUCACUCAUUCGAUUUUGAACUCACAGAGGUUAAUUAAACGAAUCAUCGUUUUAUUCACUCUGAAUCAUAAACUUUCACAGUUCAACGACAUCUUCAAGCUUCGUGAUUUAUCGAAGCCAUCAAAAGAAUUCCAGCCGCUGCCUAACGCUGGUAACUCAAUAUGGGUAUGGUUAUGGCGUGAAUGGCUCGCAUAUCAUGGAAACUGCGCAGUUUGUGACAGACCUUUGAAUGGGAGCACAGAGUUGACUGUUAUGAACGCUUGUGCACAUGCGAUGCAUAUGGAGUGUGCUGAGGAAAUACAAAUUAACGUGAGGCAGUGUCCGAAAUGUUUUGCAACAAUCAACAAAGAACCGAGGAAUCGAUGCACUCAUCUGAGAUGUUGCUGCAGAGCGUGA